AUGGAACAUGAACAACGGCGAGUCACCUUCUCGGACUUGGUCGAGUUUGUGGACAGAGAGGCAAGAAUAGCGGCCAAUCCCUUGUAUGGGCGUCAGAAGAUGGAAGCCUCAAGAUCGAACUCAACCGCAAAGGAGAGCCAGCGCACGAGAACAAAGUAUGGACUGGCCACGUCAGUGCAAGUUCGGAAUCAGUGCAUCUACUGCAAGAAGACGCACGCUUUGGAAGAUUGCGAGACACUGAGACUGAGGAAGCCAGAUGAGCGCAAGAAGUUCAUCCAAGAAAAAGGUCUGUGCUUCGGCUGUCUGAAGUCUGGACACUUGGCAAGAGGAUGUCAGCAGAGGAGCACCUGCAAGAUCUGUGGCAGGCGCCACGUCACGCUGCUGCAUCAAGAUGGCAACUUCAAGGUCCCGAGUCAGACACCACAGCGGUCUCCUGAUGAAGACCAUGCAAGAGACAAAGGAGAAACCAAUGUCAAGAGCUCAGAUCGACCACAGCCACAGUUGGUGAAGACAGGCUGUGUCAAUCAAGGCAACACAGGUUUGGCUGUCGUACCGGUGGUGGUGAGGUCGGGUGGAAGAUCCGUGACGACACAUGCUCUGUUGGACAGUGGAAGUACGGCAUGCUUCUGUCAGGAAUCACUUCUUGAGAAGCUCGGACUUCAGGACAAGAACAGAACACAGUUGUGCCUUACAACCGUGUGUGAGAACCGGAUCAAGAUCGACAGUCAGGUUGUCCAUGGACUGGAAGUAGCUGACCUUGGAGGACGUCAUGUUCUGCAGCUACCGGCGGUCUACAGUCUGGAGAAAGUUCCAGUUGACGACAGUGAUAUCCCCAGACAGGAAGAUGUGAGCAGAUGGCCUUAUCUAAGGGACGUGCGUCUUCCCCGUGUGGACGCCCCAGUGGAGCUGAUGCUCGGAAACAACGUCCCACUCGCAAUGGAGCCGUGGGAAGUCAUCCACAGCCAAGAGGGAGGACCGUUCGCUACAAGAACUCUGCUCGGAUGGGUCAUCAAUGGUCCCGUUCGACACACCGAGAGAAGUACAGUGACGGCGAAUCGUGUCCAGGUCGAAGAGGAAGGGAUACCAGAGUUGAUCGACAAGCUGUACAACGCAGAGUUCAGUGAAAAGCUGUCAGACGACACAAGAUCAGCCUCAGUAGAAGAUGAGAAGUGGCUGCAGAGAGUGGAAGAUAGUAUCGAACUGAGAGAUGGCCACUACGAAGUAGCGCUUCCUUUGAAGACGGCAGAAGUGAGGCUGCCAAGCAACAGAACUAUGGCUCUGCGCAGACUCGCCAGUCUGAAGAAGAAGUUGACUGAGAACACAAAAUUCAAAGAGGACUACGUUACCUUCAUGGAGAACAUGUUGCAAGAGAAUUUCGCUGAGGAGGUGUCAGACGAAAGCUUGAACAGGACAGACGGUCGUGUGUGGUACAUCCCACAUCAUGGUGUGUAUCACCCCCACAAGGCCGACAAGAUCAGAGUCGUUUUUGAUUGUGCGGCCAAGUACGGUGAUGUAUCCCUGAAUGACGUGCUGCUUCAGGGUCCUGAUCUAACCAGUUCCCUGCUCGGCGUUCUUCUGCGCUUCCGGACUGAGCCAUUCGCAUUCAUGGCAGACGUGCGUGCCAUGUUCUAUCAGGUCAGAGUACCGCCGAUGGAUAGAGAUCUGCUGAGAUUUCUUUGGUGGCCGGAGGGCGACGUCAGCGUGAAGCCCAAGGACUACCGAAUGAACGUACAUAUCUUUGGAGCAGCAUCGUCUCCGAGCUGCUCGAACUUCGCUCUACAGCAGACUGCGCGUGACAACCAGGAUGACUUCAGUGCAGAGGCGUUGGCGACGGUUCGAAGAAACUUCUAUGUCGACGACUGCCUUCGUUCUGCACCCACGGUCGAAGAGGCACGGUCGCUGGCGCUAGAAGUGAAGACGCUGUGCAGCCGAGGUGGAUUUGAACUAACAAAGUACGUCAGCAACAAGGAAGAAGCUCUGAACGAGAUUCCGUCGACAGAUCGAGCUGAACGUGUCACAGAGAAGGGACUCGACUUGGUGGAAGGAGCAAGUGUAAAGAAAGCUCUUGGAGUCAAAUGGAACUUGGGAAGAGACACGCUUGGCUUCUGCGUCAAUACUCAAGAGAUUACGAUCCCCUGA